GCUAUGGGAGAACUGGGUGCAGACAAGUCAUGAUUACAUGCUGCGUAUUUACUACCUAUCUGAGGGGCCUGUACAACUAAUGAAGAACUCACGCUUGCCAACUAUUGUAGAAACAUUAAACACUGAAGUACAGAAUGUAGACGAUAAAGAAGAGCAAAGGUCUCAUAUUAACGAUUUAUGGUUCACUUGCUGUAUAUGCCAAGAACACAUCAAUCCGUGUAACGUUUUACGCCACAAACAACACCACAAAGCUUGUUCUUUACUGGGCUAUAAAACAGGCGACAAUCCAUCAGUUCUUCCCAGCCUCGUCGUUCAAAAAGAACAAAAAAUAUCUUGUAUAAAAGCAUCUUCGGAAUACAGACGGAGAGAAUGCCAGAAGAUCAAUCACUCUUAUGAAAUUUUAAAAGAAAAAUUGCUUUUCUUAACCCCCAAUAUUAAUAAAAUGAACACGCCUACUGAAGCCAUUGAUCAAGUUAAUAAUUUGGAUAUAAAAAAUGAUAUAGUAAGAUCUAUUGCCGUUUGCUCUGAGAGAAAUGCAUCUUGGCAAAGUGACAUGGAAGACUCAUUUGCCAUUCUUAAUAACUAUGGGCAAAGACAAAAUACCUGUUUUGUUGGCAUUUUUGAUGGAUAUCAUGGAAAAUCAUCAGCAUGUGCUGCAGCAUCGGAGCUUCCUAUUUUAUUAUUAGAUCAUAUGUCACGGGUAGACGCAUCAUAUAAACUGACUGGAGAAGAAAAGGUCUUUGUUAGUUCUUUUGAUACAGUCUUUAAGGAGGACUACAAGGAAACAGAGGACAGUUUCACAAUAGGCAAUAGAAGAGACGCAAAGGACGUUAAUAUUGAAGGCAUACAUAUAGCACAUGCUAAAGCUUUCUGGCGCAUGGAUAGAAUGUUGCAGUUAGGAAGAGGAGAGAAUUCAAAGUCACGGUGGAGUGGGUGCGCUGUCGUGACCUGUCUACUGGAUGGAUUUACCAAUGACAAUACAGAAGCCAUGCAUAUGCCCACAGAACACAAAAGAAGGCUUGGUGUGAUUCAUAUAGCUAAUGUUGGAAACCUUAAGGCAGUUUUAUGUAGAAAUGGAAAAAGUUACUGCCUUACGAGAGAUCAUAGCACUGGCAAUCCUCUAGAAAUGCAACGAGUUCUGGAACGUGGUGGAUCUGUCAGUGCCAAUGAAGACUGUGGUUUAAUCGAAGGAUGCAGCAGAAUAACCAGAGGACUUGGUUUCCAUGGCGAUCCCAAACUUAAGGCUUCAGUCAUCCCCACACCUCAUACGAUUUCCAUUCCAGUAUAUGGCACAUGCCAGUUUCUCAUUCUUGCAUCAAGUGGCUUAUGGGAGGUCUUUAGUGAUUGUGAAGUUGUCACAAUGGUACAGGACCUACUAGCAGCAUUUUCAGGAUGCACACCUAGUGCCAGAUCAAAAGAUUUUAACAGUGAACUCAACCUUCAGGAACAUAACAUGCAAGAGAACCACAAUAAUGUAGAGACAUCUGAAUAUCUUGCAGAUAAUGAUGGGGACGAUGAUAAAAAGUCAGAAAUGCUGAACAGUAUUACGGAUUGCCAAAGAACAGACAUGUCUAGCAAUUCUAAUAUACACAACACAGAUGAAAAUCAUGGUGAGACUACAGCUUAUGUUUGCCAUCAGAUAAUAAAGACUGCUAUAUUAGCAGGAUCUCAGCAAAAUAUUACAAUAUGUCUCAUACUCCUACCUGGAUGGGAUAAAGCUACAUUUUCUGAUCUCUGAAUCAAUGUUAUUAAAGUUGUAGUUUAAUCUG